AUGGACAAGAGCUCCUCGGCGCCGAAAGAGGUGCUCGCGUCAUCGCUGGACGACGCGGCCUGCCUGUUCGUCGAAGCACGCACGGAAACGCUGCGCAUGGCAAAUAUCAACGAGUUCUUCAUCUGCAAGCUAUGCAAGGGCUACUUCCGAGACCCCUACACUUCCAAGGAGUGUCUGCACACCUUCUGCUACGGCUGCAUUCGAGGGUACUACCUAUAUCACCCUAAGAUAUCCUCCUGCCCAACGUGCAAAUUGAACCUCGGUGCCAAGCCAAUGGCCAAACUCCUCCCUGAUCCGGCAAUGAAAGAGCUGGCCUCGAAAUUCCUGCCGGACUACACUGCAAAGGAAGACGCCGAAGAGCGGCUGUAUUAUAUGAAGUUUGGGAUCAAGCGCAAGCAGCCUGAUACUCGGAGCGAUACGCAGGCCAGUCCUCCGAAGAUCAGUCGCUCACUUGGCCCGUCUCCGGGAAACAUGAUUCGGUUUGAGCUCUAUCCUCAGCGUGGUCCCGACGUCCCGCUCUUCCUCGCGCUGGGCAAGCUGGAGGCUGCUCACAUGUACACGCAGCCUCUUCUCAAGAUCAUGCACCUCCGCAAGUACUUGGCUAAGAAGUUGAAGGUAGCCAAGCCCGAGGAAAUUGAGAUCCUUUGCAAGGGCACUGUGGUCGGGUCGGAGUACUCGCUUGAGUUUAUUCGACGCACGCGCUGGCAAGAGAGCUCCAAGAUGCUUCUGGAGUACCGACGACAGCUAGUGGCCUCAUAG